GCUCGCUACCAGUAGCUAUAACUGAUCGUCAAUAUUAGAUCGAACAGAAAGUCUUCUGAUCGAUAAAGCGAACCAUCGAUCAAUCCAUAUUAGAGAUAAAGCCUGGCGGUCUCCUGUUUGCGCUCUGCAUCUGAAAACAAUAAUCCUCCAUUGCCAUGAUAAUUCGAGCGCAUUCUGUAUGGGGAGUAUUCGACUGUCGGCGUGUCGACGCGCUUCACCGAGGACCGCGGAGAUAGAAUGAAACCCUUCAGCGUUCACGAAGAGAUUGGCUGCUGGAGACGUCAGAACAUGCCAUAAAAAAACGCAUAUCAACGAAUCACCAUUACAUGACAUGGAUAAACAUCUGUGGUUCAUAAUUAAUCAACCAAACGCGCACCUGUUCGGGGAGAAUCGUGGAACGUUGCUAUCGGUCUGAGCAAUGGCUGCACCGCGAAGAAUUCACCUCACCGCAAUCUCAAGCAAUGCACACUUUCCUUCUCCCACCGUCCCCCCUGUCCCCAAUGCCAGUGACCCACCUGUCAAACAGGGUUUACUUGCGCCGGGAUCGCCACCACUCCAGCAUGCCGCAACGAGAGUGGAACUGAAACUCUUCGAGCCGGAUGAUCAACGCUGCCCGGAGUUUUGCUACCCGGAUUUGAUCAGCACAAAGGAAACCACUGAGAAAAAGAAACUACAAACGUUAAAUAAGGUGGAGGACAGGGAGAGAGAUGAAAUGGAGGCACUUGCAAAAAAGUUUGAAGUGAAAUAUGGUGAAGCUUGCAAAAGAAAAAAAGACAGAUUACAGGACCUGGUGGAUAUAGGCUUUGGUUACGAUGAAUCCGAUUCAUUCAUUGAUAACUCCGAGGCUUAUGAUGAGCUCGUCCCAGCUUGUCUCACCACCAGAUAUGGAGGCUUCUACAUCAACUCUGGAACUCUCCAGUUCCGGCCAGCCUCUGAUGAGGGAAAUAACGAGAAUGAUUUUGAGGACACUGGUUUUAAACCCAAGAAACGAAAGCUUAAGCAAGGCAAAGACAAGAGGAUGGGGAAGAAAAAGAGAGAAGAUGACAUGCUUGCUAAGAAGGAAGAGGAGGAAGCCAGGAAGAGCACCCCACCAGACAAAUCAUCUACAAAGAAGAAGAAAAACAAGAAGCCGCUAAGUAUUGAUAAGAUGCUGAAGAAGUUCCAUAAGGAAAAGCUUCAGCAGCUGCAGAUGUUCAAUGCUAGAGAGAGAGAAUCGCAUGCUCUCAACGACACUGGCCCCACCGUGCAAGCUGAGGUUCAAGAACCACCCGCAUCAUCUGACCCUCUUCUCACACUCAUUGGUUCUGCCAGUGCAGACGACCUUCUUCAAGCAGUCAAAGCAGCGGAGCAAGACUUUGACUUGGACGGGCUCUUGGGGGAACCGCAGAACGUCUGUUCUCCAAGCCUGGAAGAGAACGGAGAAGCUCCGACUCCAUCCGUCACUGAGAAGAUCCCCACAUUACUCCCUGAUGGACUGCCACCUACACUAGAGCAACACAUUAAGCAACUUUCAGAGGCUGUCAAGAAAAUUGAAGGACAAAAUAAGAUGGAGAUUUUGUCUUCAGAGCUCAACAGUGUUUUGCUAUUACUAAACGUGGAGUUGAACUCCAAACAGCUUAGUGGGAAAGUACGCUCCAGAAUCUUCUCCUACUUGGCAUCACAGCUGUCCUGCAGCAAAGGCACUCUGGUUAAAAGAGCCAAAAAAAUCCACAAUCUACACCAGGAUGAACAGCUGCAGGAGCUGCUGAAGAAGCUGGAGAAUGUGGUGGCCAGGUCCAUGCCUGAACAGAUCACCCGUUUCCAGAGUCACUGCCAAGCUCACUCUGAAGCCAGAGCUGCCAAGCUCGAGGCUGAGAAAGAGAGGGCGAUUGAUGGUUCCGACGAGGAAGAGGAGGAGAGGAGUGGAAAACGAGUGUUUGGGCCUCGCAAGAGAUUCAGGUGGAAUGAAGAUAUCAGGGAGUUGCUCUGCGAGAUUGUCAGUUUGAAAAUGAUGAUUUAUGAUUCGGAGUCGCCUGCAUGCUCUGGUUUGGAGGAGUAUCUGAAAGCAUUCCUGGAGGCUGAUGUUAAACCACUGUGGCCUAAAGGAUGGAUGCAAUCCAGGAUUCUGCUUAUAGAAACGAGAAAAGCACACGGUCACAUCACUGGUGUGGUGGCAAGGAAGAAACCAAUAGGUACAACAAAACUAAAAAAGGUCAGCGCCGCCCCAGAGGACAGUAAGAAUAACCCGGAAAUUCAGGGCCCACCAGCACUGAAACGCAAGCGUCUGGGUGUACCUGCAAGCAUGCAACUUGAAGUCGCAGCAACGUUGAGCACCACUGCCAAAACUCCAUCAAACACACAAACAUCUGCCACCUUCUCUACCCAUCCAUCUAUUCAGAACCACGAGGAAGGGAUGGAAAGAGAUGACAACCAUCAUACCAGCACUCAGAGAAGUCCGGUGACCGCAGAGGGUGCUGGAUCGGUCCAGAUGAUGUGGACCAAGUCUGCUAUGGAUUCGGAUUCAAAGCGCCUCCAGGCCGGAGAGAAGGCGACUCCUAAACUGACGCUGGUGGCUCCCCCAGAUGGAGCUCAGAGUGACUGUCCAUCAGUGGUGCAUGGAGUGGCCCGGCUGCUCACGACCACCUCAAUGGGUGACACCCCUGUUUCAUUGGCAGCCGCAGCUGGUGAGAUCUCCUGUGGGAACCCGGCGCUUCCCACCCCUUCUCUAUCUCUCCUUCCAUCCUCCUAUCCCACCACAGCACAGCCGGGAGUCUUACCAAGCUUUGUCCCCCUGCAUGCUCUCCCGUUCCCUGGACUGAGCCCUGGCACCCAGAUCCCUGGACCGCCUCAGGCCUGUAAAGGAGCUGUUUUUCCUGGCCCAGCUCCUGGAACUUUCCAGCAUGGUCUCGCACACGGUAACUCCAUGCUGUGCUCUAGCACGCUUCAUCUUCUGUCUGUCCCUGUUUCCUCUUCUGCUCCUCUUCAUUCUUUAACACCAUGGCUCUUUGGUUUAGAUGGAAGCCAGAUCCACACAGAUGGUCAUAACACUCAGAGAAAACUACAUUAAUGGCCAUUAGAAUGAGAUUAAAGACGGCUGAUACAUAAAGCAAAAUUUUUCACUUUUUGUAAGAUCUUGAAGAUGGAGUUAAUAUGACUGAACAUUAAUAUGAAUUCGAAUUAGAGGAGGAGAUUAUGGCUUGGCAAAGAGACUUUUCAUUUGUAUAUUUUUGAAUCAAAA